CCAUCUUGCUGUGCGCCAGCUUCGGACCCACGUGACCUGUCACUUGAUAUUGUGACGUCAGCAGGUCCAUACCGCGCAUAGAGUUUAGACGCUAUCUGGUGUCCGUUUAGGAAGUGAGUGUGACAGCUCUCAAGAUGGCACAGCGGUUGAUGUUGAGCAGAUUUAUUUCUUCAUUUGAGAAACCAAUACAAGCCUUCCUUAGCUUUUUUCCACAGCGGCCAAAAACACAUGGUCUGCUGUCUACAAUCUCAACAACACCUGGCCUUACCACUGCUCGAAAAAUUCAUGCAUCACAGUCUUUUAGAGUGACCUUCAACAUUCAGAAUAAAGAUGACUUUCAGGAUCGAGUUGUUGGGAGUGAAACACCAGUGAUAGUGGAUUUCCAUGCACAAUGGUGUGGUCCAUGCAAGAUUUUGGGACCUCGCUUGGAAAAGAUGGUUGCUAAACAGCAAGGGAAAGUUUUGAUGGCAAAAGUUGAUAUAGAUGAUCAUACUGAUCUUGCUCUUGAAUAUAAGGUAUCUGCUGUGCCCACAGUUCUUGCUAUGAAAAAUGGUACCAUUAUCGAUCAUUUUGUGGGCAUCAAAGAGGAUGAUCAGUUAGAAGCUUUUGUUAAGAAACUGAUCGGACCAUAAAAUUCUUCACAGAUACACAACUUACUGUGAUUUAUAAUUUUCAAAACAGAAUAUUAAUAUAUAUAUUUUUUUUUUAAAACAGUUCUGUCCCAAGUGUCCUCUCAUACCUGUCAUACCCCAGUCCUACUUAAUAUAUAAAACUAAAACUUUUAACUUACAAUUUGA